GUUUCACCCACAGCUUCCAGUGUUUCCACAGAAGAAAAAACGCCACGCAAAUCUUAACAAUGUCAACAAAACGACCACCUGUCUGUUUUAAUAUUCUGUCCCAGACUUUAUUUGUCUUUUUGUUGCUUUUUAAAGAAGAGGCCGCAUACAGUGACGUGCCCUUGGGAGAUCAGGCAGUGGAAUGCUGUUUGUCAGUCAACGAUCUUUCUAUUCCACAUCAAGUUCUUGUCGGCUACCACAAGCAACUCAAAGAGCAAGGAUGCUCCAUCGACGCUGUCUUAUUCCAAACCAAGAAGAACAAGGUUCUGUGCGCUCCCCCUGAUGCCCCGUGGGUCAAAGAACGGAUGAACUGGCUGGACAAAGAACUGAAGAAAUGCCAAAAGAAUGGGUUCAAGGGGAAGCGCUGUCAAGCCAUGAAACCCACAUCUGCUUGAAAGAACGCACAGUGGUGAACAAAGCUGGAGGUUAAAGUGAUCAUGGCAGUUAAACAGCUAAAUUAUCAAUGUUGUCUUUUCUUUAAUGACGUACCUGAAAAAAAAAUGUUUCUGCUCUGCAUUGCAAUGUUUCACUUUAUGUUUCUGUAGUACAAAUAAGCUUUUUUAACUACUUUCAUAUUCCAUUAUCUGUUUUCUAAGAAAUUCCAAAGAAUUGUCAUCAUUAUUGUUCUGUUACUUGUAGGUGAAUUAAUAAAUGAUUGAAGUUUAAGCAAGGUGCAAGUCUCUGCUCUGUUCUCUUUGAUAAUAAUAAACAUGUUUAGAUACUGUCUGUUAUGGUGUAAUGUAAUUUAUAAUAAUACAAAUUACUAAACAAAAAUAUUUAUGGUAAUAACGAUAUACAGUAGUAACUAUAUAGCUAUAUAAAUGUGUUUUUUCCUCAGAAUGUCACGACUCCCUUUGGCUCUGAACUCUUUUUGGACUCAAUCUCCCAGAAUCCCCUGGGAGAUCACGUGAAUGAAUCCCCUGGGAGAUCCAGCGCUCCAGUUCCCCAGAGUACUGAUCUGUAACACCUGGUCUUCUCUGAUUAGUUUAAUUUAAAGCCCGGGCUUGUAGAUACAUUCAUUGCAAGGUAUUGCUUCUUUCUACAGAGCCAUGUAUUCUUGAUUGUGUAUUCCUGAUUGAUUGUAUAUUCCUGAUUGAUUGUGUAUUCCUGAUUGUGUAUUCCUGAUUGAUUGUGUAUUCCUGAUUGUGUAUUCCUGUUCUGACCUGUUUUGCCUUGUUUUUGACCUGCCUUUUGCCUUAUCCCUUUUGGACUGUUCACCUGGUUAUGUUUGUGUUUUUGUGUAUAUUGCCUAUUCUGGAUUUGACCAUUGCCUGUGACCUGACUAUGAUUGUGGAUUCUGUUUGCACUAGUAAAGCCUCUCAUUCACUUUUUA